CCUGAUGGACACAAAGUGGGUGACCUCUGAGUUGGCAUGGACAACUCAUCCAGAGACAGGGUGGGAAGAAGUCAGUGGCUAUGACGAGGCCAUGAACCCUAUCCGCACGUACCAGGUCUGCAACGUACGGGAGGCCAACCAGAACAACUGGCUGCGUACCAAAUUCAUCCAGCGCCAGGAUGUCCAGCGCGUCUACGUGGAGCUGAAGUUCACUGUGCGGGACUGCAACAGCAUCCCCAACAUCCCUGGCUCCUGCAAAGAGACCUUCAACCUCUUCUAUUAUGAGUCAGAUACGGAUUCUGCCUCUGCAAACAGUCCUUUCUGGAUGGAGAACCCCUAUAUCAAAGUGGAUACAAUUGCCCCAGAUGAGAGCUUUUCCAAGCUGGAAUCUGGCCGCGUGAACACCAAGGUGCGCAGCUUUGGCCCUCUCUCCAAGAAUGGUUUUUACCUUGCCUUCCAAGACCUGGGAGCCUGCAUGUCCCUCAUCUCCGUCCGGGCUUUCUACAAGAAAUGCUCCAACACCAUUGCUGGCUUUGCUGUCUUCCCGGAGACUUUGACGGGGGCUGAGCCCACGUCCCUGGUCAUCGCACCGGGCACCUGCAUCCCCAAUGCGGUGGAGGUGUCUGUGCCCCUAAAGCUGUACUGCAACGGCGAUGGCGAGUGGAUGGUACCCGUGGGAGCAUGUACGUGCGCUGCUGGAUAUGAGCCCGCCAUGAAGGAUACCCAGUGCCAAGCGUGCGGCCCAGGAACCUUCAAGUCUAAGCAGGGGGAAGGUCCCUGCUCUCCCUGCCCUCCCAAUAGCCGGACCACCUCUGGAGCAGCAAUGGUCUGCACUUGUCGAAACGGCUUUUUCCGGGCAGACACGGACCCCGCAGACAGCGCCUGCACCAGUGUCCCCUCAGCCCCCCGCAACGUCAUCUCCAACGUGAACGAGACGUCGCUGGUGCUGGAGUGGAGCGAGCCGCAGGACACGGGCGGGCGGGAUGACCUGCUCUACAACGUCAUCUGCAAGAAGUGCAGCGUGGAGCGGCGCCUGUGCACCCGCUGCGACGACAACGUGGAGUUCGUGCCGCGCCAGCUCGGCCUCACUGAGCGACGCAUCUACAUCAGCAACCUGAUGGCCCACACCCAGUACACCUUCGAGAUCCAGGCCGUGAACGGCAUCUCCAACAAGAGUCCCUACCCUCCCCAUUUUGCCUCUGUCAACAUCACCACCAACCAGGCAGCCCCAUCUGCCGUGCCGACGAUGCACCUGCACAGCAGCACCGGGAACAGCAUGACGCUUUCGUGGACUCCCCCAGAGAGACCCAAUGGCAUCAUUCUGGACUAUGAGAUCAAGUACUCAGAGAAGGAAGGCCAGAGUGAUGGCAUCGCCAACACGGUCACCAGCCAGAAGAACUCGGUGCGGCUGGACGGGCUGAAGGCCAAUGCUCGGUACAUGGUGCAGGUCCGGGCGCGCACCGUGGCGGGGUAUGGCCGCUACAGCCUCCCCACGGAGUUUCAGACAACUGCGGAGGGUGGUUCCUCCAGCAAGACUUUCCAGGAGCUGCCUCUGAUCGUGGGUUCGGCCACUGCAGGGCUGGUGUUCGUCAUCGUGGUGGUGGUGAUUGCUAUCGUCUGCUUCAGGAAAGGGAUGGUUACUGAACACCUCCUCUCGUCUCCUUUGGGCAGGAAGCAGCGCAACAACACCGACCCUGAGUACACAGAAAAGCUGCAGCAAUACGUUACCCCGGGGAUGAAGGUGUACAUUGACCCCUUCACCUACGAGGACCCAAAUGAAGCUGUUCGGGAAUUUGCCAAAGAGAUUGACAUCUCCUGCGUGAAAAUUGAGGAGGUCAUUGGAGCAGGGGAGUUUGGUGAGGUGUGCCGUGGGCGCCUGAAGCUACCUGGCCGUCGCGAGAUCUUCGUGGCCAUCAAGACGCUAAAGGUGGGCUACACGGAGCGGCAGCGGCGCGACUUCCUGAGCGAGGCCAGCAUCAUGGGCCAGUUCGACCACCCCAACAUCAUCCACCUGGAGGGGGUGGUGACCAAGAGCCGCCCCGUCAUGAUCAUCACGGAAUUCAUGGAGAACUGUGCGCUUGACUCCUUCCUCCGGCUGAAUGAUGGGCAGUUCACAGUCAUCCAGCUGGUGGGAAUGAUGCGAGGCAUCGCCGCUGGCAUGAAGUACCUUUCGGAGAUGAACUAUGUGCAUCGGGAUCUGGCUGCCCGCAACAUCCUGGUCAACAGCAACUUGGUCUGCAAAGUGUCCGACUUCGGGCUCUCUCGCUUUCUGGAGGAUGACCCAGCUGACCCUACCUACACCAGCUCCCUGGGGGGCAAGAUCCCAAUCAGAUGGACAGCUCCCGAGGCCAUCGCCUACCGCAAAUUCACUUCAGCCAGCGACGUGUGGAGCUACGGCAUCGUCAUGUGGGAAGUGAUGUCCUAUGGGGAGCGACCCUACUGGGACAUGUCCAACCAGGACGUGAUCAAUGCUGUGGAGCAGGAUUACCGCCUGCCACCCCCCAUGGACUGCCCCACUGCCCUGCACCAGCUGAUGCUGGACUGCUGGGUGCGGGACCGCAACCUAAGGCCCAAAUUUGCACAGAUCGUCAACACGCUGGACAAGCUCAUCCGCAAUGCUGCCAGCCUGAAGGUCAUCGCCAGCGUCCAGUCUGGCAUCUCCCAACCGCUCCUGGACCGUACUGUCCCAGAUUACACCACCUUCACCACCGUGGGAGACUGGCUGGAUGCCAUCAAAAUGGGACGGUACAAGGAGAACUUCGUCAAUGCUGGGUUUGCCUCCUUUGACCUGGUGGCACAGAUGACUGCAGAGGACCUGCUGAGGAUAGGGGUGACGCUAGCAGGGCACCAGAAGAAGAUCCUGAGCAGCAUUCAGGACAUGAGGCUGCAGAUGAACCAGACGCUCCCAGUGCAGGUUUGACCACAGGGGACUCUGCAUUGGAACGGACCAAGGGAACCUGCCAAAAAGGUUCAGUUUGCGGUGCAGCCCAGCUUCCUGUUUUCCCCUCCACAUGGCGCUCCUCUGCCUCGGACGGUCGCCUGGGACGGGAUGGGACGGGACGCCCUUCCCUGGAUCGAAGGCACUCAUGCUGAGAGGGAGCCCAGCUUUUCGUCCCGUGUCCUGGAAUGGCGAGGCAGCAACACAUCUUCAUAUUGAAGAUGGAUUAUGGGACAGAGAUGGCACAUCCCACUUCCCACCCUGUCUUGGUGCUCAUCGGUUUGAAGAGUUGUUCUGCUUCUUGGAUUUCUUUUCACCCUGUUUUCCUCCCAGUCUUCACUUCCCUCACCUCCCUGAGGCCACAGACUGUUGACCCGUCCACUGACUCCGUCAGACACGUCCGAAGCCUUCCCUAACCCCGUUCCCCACAUGGAAGCAGCCGGGGGAGGCCGAGCCAACGACAGGGCUGGGGCCACCAGCCCCAGACAAUCACUCCUCUCCUCCAGCCCUGGCAAGCCCUCUGCCCAAGGGUCUGCACUGGAACAUAUCUGAAGGGAAGGCUUCGCUCCCUUUCUUGGCUUUGCACGCCAGAACCCGAACCCGAUUUACUAUG